AUGGCUCUCAAUCUCCGCCAGAAACAGACGGAAUGUAUAAUCCGGAUGCUGAAUCUGAACCAACCUUUGAAUCAAAGUGGAACUGCAAACGAGGAAGUGUAUAAGAUCUUGAUCUACGACAGGUUUUGUCAGAACAUUCUAUCUCCAUUGAUUCAUGUCAAGGAUCUUCGUAAACAUGGAGUUACACUCUACUUUCUCAUAGACAAAGAUCGAAAACCCGUCCACGAUGUUCCCGCUGUGUACUUUGUUCAACCCACUCAAUCCAACAUCCAGAUGAUCAUUGCUGAUACUUCUAGAUCUCUCUACGAUACUUUUCAUCUGAAUUUCUCGUCUUCGAUCCCUCGCCCGCUUCUCGAAGAACUUGCUUCGGGGACUCUUAAAUCUAGUUCCGUUGAGAAAGUCUCGAAAGUGCAUGAUCAGUAUUUGGAGUUUGUGACUUUGGAAGAUAACUUGUUCUCUCUAGCUCAGCAAUCUACUUAUGUUCAAAUGAAUGAUCCAUCAGCUGGGGAUAAAGAGAUUGAAGCGAUAAUCGAAAAGGUAGCUAGUGGUUUGUUCUGUGUCUUGGCUACGCUCGGUGUGGUUCCUGUUAUCCGAUGCCCUCGUGGUGGACCUGCGGAGAUGGUGGCUUCUUUGUUGGAUCAGAAACUGAGGGAUCAUCUUUUGUCCAAGAACAAUCUGUUUACUGAAGGGGGCGGUUUCAUGAGCUCGUUUCAGCGUCCGCUCUUGUGCAUUUUCGAUAGGAAUUUUGAGCUCUCUGUCGGGAUUCAGCAUGAUUUCAGAUACAGGCCUCUUGUUCAUGAUGUUCUUGGCUUAAAGCUCAACCGGUUGAACGUUCAGGGAGAAAAAGGAGGAAUGAAAUCGUUUGAGCUGGACAGUUCGGACCCAUUCUGGUCUGCAAACAGUUCUCUAGAGUUUCCAGAAGUCGCUGUGGAGAUUGAAACACAGUUGAACAAGUACAAGAGAGAUGUCGAGGAGGUUAACAAGAGAACUGGCGGUGGAAGCGGCGCUGAGUUUGACGGGACAGACCUGAUUGGAAACACCAAACAUCUCAUGAACGCUGUGAACUCGCUCCCGGAAUUAACCGAGAGAAAGCAAGUGAUUGACAAACACACCAACAUCGCAACCGCGCUCUUAGGACAGAUCAAGGAGAGAUCUAUCGACGCUUUCACUAAGAAAGAGAGCGACAUGAUGAUGAGAGGUGGAAUGGACAGAGCCGAACUCAUGGCUGCUCUGAAAGGCAAAGGUACAAAGAUGGACAAGCUCCGGUUUGCAAUCAUGUACUUGAUCUCCACAGAAACCAUAAACCAAUCUGAAGUCGAAUCCGUGGAAGCAGCAUUGAAUGAAGCCGAGGCUGACACAAGCGCGUUUCAGUACGUGAAGAAGAUCAAAUCAUUAAACGUAUCUCUUGCAGCUUCAGCAAACUCAGCAAGCAGAAGCAACAUUGUAGACUGGGCCGAGAAGCUUUACGGGCAAUCUAUAAGCGCGGUCACCGCAGGAGUCAAGAAUCUGUUAUCCAGUGAUCAACAAUUGGCAGUGACUCGAACUGUUGAAGCUUUAACAGAAGGAAAAGCGAACCCGGAGAUCGAUUCUUACCUCUUGCUUGACCCGAGAGCUCCAAAGUCUAGCUCUGGUGGUGGUAGCCACGUUAAAGGACCGUUUAGAGAAGCUAUAGUGUUCAUGAUAGGUGGAGGAAACUAUGUUGAGUAUGGGAGUUUGCAGGAGCUGACUCAGAGACAGUUAACCGUUAAGAACGUUAUUUAUGGAGCCACGGAGAUUCUUACCGGAAGUGAGUUAGUGGAACAGCUUGGGGUUUUGGGAAAGAAGAUGGGUUUGGGAGGUCGGGUCGGUUCGGCGUCAUCGUCUGGUCACUGA